AAAAAUGGAGUUGCCAAAGCAUGAAAAGGAAAGUUCAUAAAUAGAUGAUAUAUUAUGAAAUAGAAUGAAAUCUUAACCAAUAAAUAAGGGAUCUUGUCCAAAGCAUUUAGACUGAAAUUAAUGGAGUUGCCUAUUUCCCUCUAUAAAUACUGUCAAAUGAGAAGAGGUUCCUCAUCCAGUCCAAAUACAAGAAACAAUCCCAAACUUCAAUGGCAACUGCUGUGAGGCUUCUCCUUGCUAUGCUCUUGCUUGGCAUCUUUGCCAUAGGAGAAAGUCAGCGCUGCGACACUUCGACCAUUCGGGUUCAUAAUAUCCAAACUGGUGGAAAGCAUAACAACCUAGAUUUUAUCUUUGAGGUGCAAGUGACGAAUUUGUGUCGUUGCCCUCUUUCAAAUGUCCACCUGCGUGCAGAUGGGCUUAGCAGCUCAAUGCCUGUCGACCCAAAAGUAUUCAGAGAAGACGGCACCUCCUACCUUGUGAAUGAUGGGAAGCCCAUUGCGAGCCAUGCCAGUUUCAAGUUUCAGUAUGCCUUCGAUAGAGGCUUUCAUAUAUUUCCUACAGAUAACUUCAUGGUUAAUUGCUAACGAGGUGCAGAGUCAUCUAACUGCAUGCUUAUCAUUGAAAGAAAUAAAAGAAAGAUUGUUGCUUUUCUUUUUAGAACAGCAACAAGAAACAAUUAGUGAAGGCUAGUGAAAGGAGUAUGGUAGAAGUGUGAUAAAUAUUCUAGAAUGUGGUUCUAACCAAAGCAGUUCGGGUGUAAUCCUUGGCCGCAUAAGGCAAAGUAAUAAUAUAGAUCAUCCUGGUGGUAGUCCAGUUUCUAUCA